CGCCCUAGCGGUGGGAAUGGGAACACGCUGCGCGGGAGCCUCCUUUCCGUUCGGCUUCCCCAGCUGGACCCCAAAGCCCCGAAGCCCCGGGGGAAGGAAAUUACCACUCGGUGCUCGCCCACCCCCGCCCCGUUUCUCUCUCCGGCUCGCUGCCUGUCUCGCUCCGAUGCCGCCGAGCCCCGUCGCCACUUCUAGGUGGAAGUCCGGCGGAGACAGCUGCGAGCUCCCGGGCUCCGGGGAGGGAAAUGGGGCAGGCAGUGACGCGCCGCCUCGGAGCCGGAGCCCGCGCAGUGCCCCGCAGGGCGAUGGACGGCCGAGCCCAGAGCGCGCAGGACGUCCCGGCUGCGCUCCCGCCGGCGACCCCCGCAGGGAGAAAACCAAAACCCAAGGCACCGCUUCCUCCAGCUGAGACCAAAUACCUUGAUGCCUCUUCAGUUGAUGAUUCUGUAGAAUCUUCUGCUUUUAUCAUGGAACAGAAAGAAAACAUGAUAGAUAAAGAUAUUGAACUCUUGGUGGUUCUACCUGGGGAUAUUAUCAAAUCUACUACUGUUCAUGGCAGUAAACCUAUGAUGGACUUGUUGAUAUUCCUCUGUGCACAGUAUCACUUAAAUCCAUCAAGUCACACAAUUGAUCUGCUGUCAGCUGAAAAGAACCCCAUUAAAUUUAAGCCAAACACACCAAUAGGAAUGUUGGAGGUAGAAAAAGUAAUUUUAAAGCCAAAAAUUUUGGAUAAGAAAAAACCUACACCUAUAAUACCAGAGAAAACUGUGAGAGUAGUGAUCAAUUUUAAGAAAACACAGAAGACGAUAGUGAGAGUUAGCCCACAUGCACCACUUGAAGAACUUGCCCCUGUUAUAUGCAGCAAAUGUGAGUUUGAUCCAUUACAUACACAAUUAUUGAAGGACUAUCAGUCUCAGGAGCCCCUCGACUUGACAAAAUCUCUUAAUGAGCUGGGACUAAGAGAAUUAUAUGCCAUGGAUGUCAGCAGAGCCACUUCUGUUACUGCCUUCAAUAAGUCAUCUUUACAAGAGUCCUGCCAAAUAUCACAAAACCUAGACCUUAUGAAGGAUAAAGAAAAUAAAGGGUUUUUCAGCCUUUUUCAACGCAGUAAGAAAAAGCGGGAGCAAACUGCCAGUGCCCCUGCAACUCCUCUAGUAAGUAAGCAUCGUCCAGCUUUUACGAGGAGCAAUACCAUCACCAAACAGUAUAUUUCAAACACCCUGCCAUCGGAUGCACCCAAGAAGAGGCGUGCUCCACUGCCUCCAAUGCCAGGGUCUCAGAGAGCCCCCCAGGACCCUGCUCACAUCCAGGAGAGGCCAGCUUCUUGUUUGGUGAAAUCCGCAAGUCUGGAUGAAACAGAGGAGAGUUCCUGUGGAGCGGGCAGGGUGAGGACGGGCUCUCUGCAGCUCGGUAGCACAUCCCGUGGGAAUUCAUCUUUGAAAAGGACAAAGCGAAAAGCACCUUCCCCACCCUCCAAAACAGCCCUGCAACAAAGUGAUGAAAAUAGUCACGUGACUGCCCUGCAGUCGGUACCUGCAAUUCCUACAGACAGUGUUUUAGAAGCAAACUCUUCUGAGGGCGUGUCCAGCCCAGAAUCCUCCCUUGGCCCUGGGUUCCCCGGUCACGAACAGGGUGCUGUGCCCCAGCUGCCGGCCGAAGCCCCUCUCUCGGAGUGCCCUGGAACGCCCGAGGUAGCUGCCGCACCUCUGCCAUCUGGAAUAAGCUCUGAUUACAGCCUUGAAGAGAUAGAUGAAAAGGAAGAACUGAGUGAAGUGCCUAAAGAUGAGGCUGAAAAUACUUCUCUGAAGUCGCAAGACAUUCCUACUGUAUCUACUGAUAUAAUAAAUACACUGAAAAAUGAUCCUGACUCAGCCCUUGGCAGUGAUACUGGAGAGUCCUCACAAAACUCCAAAGAAGAAAAACAAGGAACUAGAAACACAGAUGGACAAGGACCACACAUUAUGGUAUGUAAUUCAAGCAACAAAGCGAGGGUAGCUGACAGUGUAAGAAACCUGAGGUCACCGGGCCCAAACCAGGAGAACGUAGAUCAAAAUGAAAUAAUUGUCAUUCCAACAAACACAGAAGACAGUAUGAAAAAUGGAAUGAGGAGAACAGAAAUCAAUGUAGCAGGUGUUGCCAAAAGUAACAGUGUGGGCAUGGAAGUUGACAGACUAUCAAACUAUCAGGCAUAUAAAACGGAUACUGCUAGAAGUUACAAGGAAAAUCAUCUUGCUGCUUCAUCAGCACCAGAUCAAAAACUGAUUCAACCUAGUGCAGAAAAGACAAAAAUGCAAGAUGCAGCAAUUCAGACAAUCCCUUCCUGUGACAGUUUUGAUGGGAAUCACCAAGAUCAUAAUUUGUCUGAUGUCAAAGUUGAUGAAAGUGUGCAAACUUCAAGUAACAACAAAUCAACUCAACACUCAUCUUUAAGCCCACAAGAUUCUUUAGAUACCUCAAGAGAAUUUGGGAGUCAGGGCGCCCUAAUUAUAUAUACAGAAGAGCAACUCACCAUAAAAGAUCCAAUUUGUGCACAUGGUAAUGAUGAUCUUUUGCCUCCUGUAGAUGGGACUGAUAAAAAUUCAACAGCUUCUUAUAUAAAGAAUUAUCCAUUUUACAGACAACACUAUAAUCCCAAGCCAAAACCUUCAAAUGAAAUUACAAGAGAGUACAUACCCAAAAUUGGGAUGACUACUUACAAAAUAGUGCCUCCCAGAUCCCUAGAAAUAUUGAAAGAUUGGGAAUCGGAAACCAUAGGGUAUAAAAAUGAUCAGGAGAUACGUACUUUAGGAGAAAAGGACACUCAUGAGAAUGUGAAAGUAACUGCAAUCCAAACAGAAGAUCCUGUUAUUUCUGAAAGCCCAAAGGAGCCAGAAGCAGACCUGAAACCAAAGCCUACCCUGAGAACAGAGCAUCAGGCGCAAAGUGAGGAGAGCUUUACCCACAGCACAAUGUCAAAUCCUCUGAAACCUACUCCCAAAAUGACGAGAGACACUGGCACAGCUCCUUUUGUGCCAAAUUUGGAAGAUAUAAACAGUGUUUUGGAGUCAAAACUUAAAUCUCGGGUUUCAAAUCCCCACUCCAAACCAAGUUCUUUUUUCUUGCAGAUGCAAAAAAGAGUUUCAGGUCAUUAUGUGACAUCUGCAGCUGCCAAGAGUGUUCAAGCUGCCCCUAAUCCUACUCCAAAGGAACUAAUAAAGAAAGAGGUGGAAAGGGAUACAAUACCUCCUCCAGAGCCAGCUCUUUCUCCCUUAAGUAAAACAACUCACUCUCCUCCACAGCCACACAUUCAAAACACUGAUGAUGACAGCAAUCAGAAGCCUACUGAAACCUCUCCCGUGCCCGUAGCCUCUCCCCCUCCUGCAGCCUCUCCCCCUCCCACAGCCUCUCCCCCUCCCGCAGCCUCUCACCCUCCCGCAGCCUCUCCCCCUCCCGCAGCCCCCAAACCUGUUGCUCUUCCCAAGAGUCAGUUAGCAACACUUAACCUGAAGACUCUGAAAACUUUUGGUGCCCCUCGACCAUACUCCAGCUCUGCUCCUUCACCGUUUGCCCUCGCUGUGGUGAAACGGUCACAGUCUUUCAGCAAAGGUCGUACAGGGUCAUGCAGUGAGGAGGUCGGAGGUGCAUCCGCCCGAGCUCCAACUGACACAGAGGGAGGGAAGAUUCCUUCCGUAAAUACGUUUGUGGACAUCCCACAACCAGGUGUGAAAGACAAGGAAAAUAACUCGGCACGUAAUGAACAGAAUCCCCAAACACCAUCUCUGACUGACGGCCCAUCAUUCACCCUUAAGAGACAAAGUUCUUCAACAUUCCAAAGCUCUGACCCAGAACAGAUCCGACAGAGUUUGCUGACUGCAAUUCGUUCUGGAGAGGCUGCUGCCAAGUUGAAAAGGGUUACAGUUCCAUCAAAUACAGUAUCUGUGAAUGGAAGGUCAAGAUUCAGCCACUCCAUGUCCCUUGAUGCCCAGGAUGGCCAUUAAAUGUUGGCCUGCCAUGCCGCACUUCACCGCUCUAUUGCACAGAACGACUUCAUACUGAUGGAGAAUGUUAGCAAAUGUAUGUUCAGAUGUACACUAAUAUAUUAUCUAUUAAAGCAUAAGAACUUGUGCUGUGGCUUUUAAUGCCAAAAGAAGAAUUACCAGAAUUUAUAAUUUAUAAUAAUAUCUUUGGCCUUUUUUGCCUUAAGAACUGAAUAUGCUGCUUUAGAACUUUAAGACAAGGUGUUAAUGACUUUCAUUUUUCUCAAAUGAGAAAUAGUCACCUCUUGUUGAUUUCACUUAUUGACACAUUCUCUACAAUCGUGACUUAGACAAAGGGAUAAAUUAAGAUUCAUAGACUUAUAUUUGUAUGACACAUAAAUAACUAGGCAAACAUAGAUCUGACAUUUGCUGCCUCAAUGUUACAGUUUAAUUGGAAAUGUUUAUGUUAUAUUAAAGCCUAUUUGUGAUGAAAGUAUAAUCUAGAAAACUAAUGAUAUCAAAUAAGUAUAUUCAGUUUAACUGUUAAUUCAAUGAUGAAUCACUUAGUGUGCAAGUCUUGUGUAUUCUUUAUGUAAUUACAAAAUCAGUGUCAAGUUUAUGGGAACGCUCAUGGUAUUUUAAUAGUUUAUGAACAUGGACACUUAGUUUUUUAAUCUUUAGAACUUAAAUUGCACAGGAGAAUUUUAAAUAGUUUCUGUAUAUAAUUAUAACAUUAUUGUCACACAGAUACUACACAUUUUAUGUGCCAGAAGCCUUACAAAUCUUCCUGUGAAAAUGUUGAUAUGUUGUGACAAUUAUUUCAAAUUCGAUACGUAGAGAGGAACAGGGGUUAGUUUAUGUCCAUAUUGGAAAACUUUAAAGACUACUUGGAGGUUUCUGAAAUCCUGGUUUUAAUUAAAGUGACAGUCAUUAUGUAGUUCAGAUGCUAAUAUUCUAAAUAGUAAUAUAUAUUUACAUUAAAGCUAAAGUUGUUAAGCAAAACAAUGCCUAAUUUGUUGGCUUGUAACUGUUUUGGGGUCUAGAGCUUGUUGAUGUUCUAUUCCUACUUUAAAAAUUUAACUGCUCACUUCUUAUUCUAAAAGCUUUGUCAAACAAACUGAUGUUAUGUUGGUUUUUACUAAAGCUACUGGGAUAUCUGCCUCUUUGGAAAAUGUGUUGCUUUUUCCCCUGUUUAAUAAAAGCAAGUUAUGUAUUUGG